AUGUAUGUUCACGGCGAGCAGAGAAGGAACUUUCAGUCCAAACCUUUUCAUGUGAGCACAGUGUUCACACUCCUUCCACCAAGACCCUGCAGAGACACCGGUCUCUCCGCUAGAGGCUCCGAGCUCCUGGGCCUGCAAGUGCACGGGUUCUGCUGCCCCCUCCAGCAGAGGCCCAGCAGCGGGAGGGUGACACACAGGGUGACACCACAGAGCAGAGGGGGAGGAGAUGACACGCUGAGACCGCUAACCAGCGCCGAGGGAAGGCCGCAGAGCAGAAAAGAACCAGGCUCAAGAUCCAGGACCGGGACCCGACCUGGGACGACCCUGAGAGGAAGUGCAGUCGGUGAAACAACAGGAACUCCAACAACCCACGGUGAGAAGCAUGCUCCCCAUGGACACCCCGGCAAGUUUAACUCAGAACUACAUCUGUAUCUGCCUUCAUCACUGUGUGAGGAUGAGGAGCAGGACGCUGAGACAGAGGAGAUGAGGCCUUCAGCAUGGGAGCCUCGCUCACCAACGGAGACCAGACCAACCCAGGACCCUGCACUCCACAGCACACCACGGGCACCUUCUGAUGACAUCACACCAGACGACUCUGAGCUCCAACAAUGUUCAGAGUAG